AUGUACUUCAUCAAACAGCAAUUCACUCUAGGCGCAUACCCUGCCAUCUUAUCCCUCCAACUUCCCGAUCCAUCCUCACCAGAUUACAUCCCUACUCUUCUCUACAAGGUCCGUGCACACCUCGCCAUCGGCGACAAUGCAUCCGCACUCGCCCUCCUUCCUGCCGACACAGAAAAUGUAGCACUCAAAGCAGCAGCUGCACUAGCAAAGGAUGAACAAGGCCUCGAAUCACUCCGCGACUUGUGCGUAGAGAUAGAAGGCGAUCAAGACUCUGACGAUUGGGAGAAACAAACCGUUCAAGUGUUAGCUGCAACCGCUUUUAUACGUGCAGGCGAAAUUGAAGAAGCACUCGAAACACUACGUGGUGAAGGCAUACCUGGUGACGAACAAGCUGCACUGUUGACUCAAGUAUACCUCUCGCUAGCUCGUCCAGCACUCGCCCAAAAGGUACUAGCACCAGCAUUGAAAGCAAACCCAGAUGCACUCGUCCUCCAACUCGCAGAAGCAAUCAUCUCCCUCGUAACAGGCUCACAAGGCACAAGCGGCGAACCAUACGCACCCGCACUAUCAUUUUACAACGAACAAGUAGCAAACCCAUCCAUAUCCUCCCCCGCUCUUCUAGUCGGCAGAGCAGUAGUCCGUAUUCUCCGUGGCGAACUCUCCUCCGCCCAGAGCGAUCUAGAAGAAGCAGAUUCAAUCAUCUCCCGCGCUAAAUGCGAGGAAGCGUCCAGCGAUAUGCUCGCAGCCAUGAUAGUUGCUGCAGGCUUAAGCGGCGCCAAAAAGGGCGAUGCUGAUCAACUAUGGAGCCGCUUAUUAAAGCAACACCCUUCCCAUCCUUUGGUCGCAGAUAUUGCUGCUAAAGAACUGUUGUUCGAUGAAUGCGCUUCUAAGUUUCAAGUUCCUCCUAGAGCGGUUGCUGUCGCUUAG